AUGACGUGUGACGUGAACUUGUGUAGCACAUCAUUGGACCACGCACAACUGCCCUUGAUACUUGGACAGCAGCAGCAACAGCAACAACUGCGCAAUUUAGCACCUCACUACAGCAUCAACCACAGCAUCGACAACAACCUCUUUCUGGGCAUCAACGACGAUCGCAACCACUCUAACAACAACAACAAUGGCGAUUCUCUGGCUAGUGAUGAUGAUGAGGAAGAAGAUGGCAGUUUUGAUGAUGAUGGUUAUGCUAUGCUAAAUACAGUUGAGCAAUUGAAAUUAUUUUACGAAUACACAAAAAUAAAUAUUAUAAGUUAUAGUGAUGUGGACGAACGGAAAACCAUUGAAAUGAUACAAAACGCAACUGAUUCAAAUAAUGAAUGGCACAUGCACACGAGGAAGGAAGGCUUAACGUGGGCCGUGAGAAUCAACGAUCUUAUUAGACGCAAGGGUCAAAAAGUUAUGCGAAUCUAUCCAAUAUUCUGGGAUUGGCUCGUAUCGCAACAAAACGUAUUUUUAAUUUGCUGA